AUGAAAGAAAUUAAAGGUUUUACUUAUCGGGAACUUGGCACGGCAGAAAGCAGAAUUAAGUUGGAAAAAGACCCUAAAGUGGAUUAUGAACUGAAAAUAUUGGAUAAAAACGAAAAGGAAAUCGAAGAGUAUGAUUAUAUUUCUCCUACUGACAGCGAAGUAGUAAUUAUUAUAAAAGUUGAUAUAUCAAAUGGGUCAAUUAGGGUAAAAAACAUGCCCGAAUACGAACGAAAAAUAAAGGAGGCUCACAAAAAAUUACUAAAAGAAAAAAAACCCGAAUUAUUUAACCGCAAUGAAAAACAGGGCCACCGGUCCAGCAAUAUUGAAUUUAAUAUUACGGAGGAAAAUGGUAAAAUGCAACUAACCUUUUACAAAAAAGGCGAAACUGGUCUUACCCCUCGCGUUUUUUCCGAAGACCGCAUUGAUAUUCAACCGGAAUAUUAUGAAACCAUAAAAAUUACUCAUGCCGAAGGAGGUGAAAAAAUUGAGGAGGAGACCGAUAAAUUGCAACCGACUACGGGCUGA